ACUUUGUGGGAUUAUACAGAGUUUUCAGAGCGUAACUGAAAGGACAAGUGUGUGGUGUCAUAAAGCGACAUGCCUGGAGCUGGCUGGGAAACAAGGAAAGAUUAGUGUUUUUCUCCAAAGGGCUGAAAAUCGAGGCUGAGUUUGAGCAACCAACAAAAGACUGCUUGUUUUUAAAGUCGGGACCUGUUUCUGUUUAUCCAUCUGAACUGGAACAUCCUGAACAAGACGCUUUCCAACGCGUCGUGAAACGUUUUCCACUUUUGCAACCGUUCGUUUAGCUGCUUUAUUAUUUAGAUUAUAUCUUUCCGCAGCUGUCGUUUUCUACAUUUUCACGGGAAAACAUGUUCCUGUUGGUUUCCGUUGCCGUAAUCACCUCCAUCUGGAAACUAUUUUCGAUUAGAAAGAGUAUUUUAUAAAAUGAUCGUUAAUCUUUUGAUGUAUUUGGAGUGCAAACGUGAGUCUCAUCCGUGUAGCCCCUCCUCUUUCUGCUGCAGAGCCACAACACAGAGCUGAGAGAGUCCGUCUGACAGCAAACACUGAGCAGGACGCGGAUCUCCAGAGGACACCGACGCAGGAACAAAGACAAUCUGGACAUCUCUUGGACUUGGUCACAAAGGAGUAAAGAGAGUGAACCUGUGAUUUCGGCUCUGUUGGAUUUCAUUCUCUUGCUCGUGAGUAAAGACUGUAACUAAACAGGGUUUUCUUCCCUGUAAAGUGGAUCCACAUUCACUCUGCAAACUCUUUCAUUUCUUUGUCACAACACUAUGGAAGCUGCAAGUUAUAAACAGUUCAGUUCAGGCUUCACAAAUGUGCAUUUAGUCAGCUGAUUGAACAGUUUAUGUCAGAGUGGUAACUAUGGUUGAGCCGGUGGGGUUUGUGGAGGCAUGGAGAGCCCAGUUCCCUGAGACUGAUCCUCCUUGCAUGGAGCUGAAUUCAUUAGGGGACAUUGAACAGGAGCUGGACAAAUGCAAAACAUCUAUCAGGCAGUUGGAGAAGGAAGUAAACAAGGAGCGCUUUCGGAUGAUCUACUUGCAGACUCUGCUGGCAAAAGAGAGGAAGUCUUAUGACGGGCAGAGAUGGGGCUUUAAAAAGACGCCCCAGACGACUGAGGCAGACCUGCCCAGCAGCCCAGAUGGCCAGAGGGCCCACACAGAGGAGGCUCCAGCAGAGGAGCAGCAGCACAGGGGGCAUGGCAAGAUGACAAGGUGUAAACCACCUCCAGAGGGAGAGGGGGACGGUGCUUCCCCCGCCAAACAGAUAGGUGGGGUGUCACCUGUCCGCCAAGAGUCUGAGCUUCCUGAUUUCCCAGUGGGCACAGGGUCGGUGGCAGCUCUGAGGUCCAACUUUGAGCGCAUCAGGAGAGCCAACUCCCACACAGCCGGGGAUGGCAGAGGGCUGUCGGUGAUAGGCGAGAAACCCUUCUACGUGAACAUGGAGUACCAUCACGAACGAGGGCUGGUUAGAGUGAAUGACAGGGAGGUCUCAGACAAGAUCAGCACCCUGGGGUGUCAGGCCAUGCAGAUGGAGAGGAAGAGGUGUCUUCACUCCCUGCCAGGGAACCUGUCAGCUGCCACAGGAGACAUCAGCAAGGCUGUCCAGAGAGGCAGGUCCACUGAGGGGAACUGCAGCUACAACGGGUCAUAUGAUGACGUGGACGCCGAGGUCAACCCACACUUCCUGAGAGACAGCGUGAUCCGAUCCAUUGGGGGGAAGUCUGAGCGGCAACCUGUGGAGUGCCAGCCUUACACCAGUGUGUAUGUUGGGGGGAUGAUGGCUGAUGGGGACACUCGGGUCAUCCACAUUAGGGACCACAGCAUAGAGGAGGAGACUCACCUUACCUGGCCGAGGCGCUCCUACUCUCCCGGGGGCUUCGAGGAUGUAGGAGGAGGAUACACACCGGACUGCAGCUCUAACGAGAACUUGACAUCUAGUGAGGAGGACUUCUCCUCAGGCCAGUCCAGCCACGUGUCUCCCAGCCCCACCACCUAUCAGAUGUACAGGGAGAAGAGCCGCUCACCUUCGCAGCACUCCCAGCAGUCCUUUGACAGCAGCAGCCCACCUACCCCUCUGUCUCAAAAACGUCUGAAGCAGCAGGUUUCUGAGGCCUCCAUCAUUGGGGUCCGCAAAACGGGCCAGAUCUGGCCCAGUGACGGAGACUCCACCACGUCCAGCAGGGCCUCUCAUGACAACAGUGUUCAAGGAGAUCUGGAGGCUCCCUACAAUGAAAACCCUUCGUCAUAUGGCUACGACCUGGAGCAUUCAGAGGAGCAUCAGCCUCGGCACAACCCUCUAUCCUUCACAGGAUCUCCUUCCUCCUCACCACAGCUCCGCUCCAAGAGCCGGAGCAGCCGAGACACCCAGUCCUCUGGUUCUCUGGAGUCCACGCUGUCGGUGGAGCUGGACCAGGAGAAGGGUCUGGAGAUGAGGAAGUGGGUUCUGUCAGGAAUCCUGGCCAGUGAGGAGACCUACCUCAGCCACCUGGAGGCCCUGCUCAUACCUAUGAAGCCUCUGAGAGCUGCAGCCACAACUUCCCAGCCAAUGCUGACUAUCCAGCAGAUAGAGACCAUCUUCUUCAAAGUGCCAGAGCUUCAUGAGAUCCACAAGGACUUCUAUGACGCUCUGCUGCCCCGAGUCCAGGACUGGAGCCACCAGCAGUGUGUGGGCGACCUCUUCCAGAAGCUGGCCAGUCAGCUUGGAGUGUACCGGGCUUUUGUGGAUAACUAUAAGGUUGCUGUGGAGACGGCAGACAAGUGCUGCCAGGCAAACGCUCAGUUUGCAGAGAUAUCUGAGAAUCUCAAGGUCAAAAGCACAAAAGACUGCAAAGACCAGUCGGCUAAAAAUUCACUGGAAACUCUUCUCUACAAGCCUGUGGACAGAGUGACCCGCAGCACACUCGUUCUGCACGACUUACUGAAGCACACACCAUCCAGUCACCCUGACUAUCCGCUGUUACAGGAUGCCCUGCGCAUCUCCCAGAACUUUCUGUCAAGUAUUAAUGAAGAGAUCACCCCACGCAGACAGUCCAUGACGGUUAAGAAGGGAGAGAACCGUCAGCUGCUGAGAGAUCGUUUCAUGGUGGAGCUGGUUGAAGGGUCCAGGAAACUUCGUCAUGUCUUCCUCUUCACCGACCUGCUGCUCUGUACCAAGCUGAAGAAACAGGCUGCAGGGAAAGGGCAACAGUAUGACUGUAAGUGGUACAUCCCACUGGCUGACCUGACCUUCCAGACCAUCGAGGACUGUGAGUCCACUCCCAUCCCUCUGGUCCAGGAUGAGGAAAUCGAUUGCUGGAAGAUCCAAAUCUCCCAGAUCAAGAAUGAUAUCCAAAGAGAAAAGAGAACCACCAAGGAACCAAAGUGAUUGAGCGGACUCAGGAAGAAAUUAUCAGAGCAAGAGUCUCUGCUGCUUCUCAUGUCCCCCAACAUGGCGUUCAGAGUAGCCAACAGAAAUGGGUUUUUCUUCCCAGAUGAUGAAUCUUCUGGUUUAUAUGGUUUCCUGAAUGUCAUUGUCCACUCUGCGUCAGGGCUCAAGCAGAGCUUAAAUCUGUACUGGCUCCCUGGAGGUGGAUCCUUUGGCUACUUUGUCAACAAAGCCAAAACGCGUGUCUAUAGAGGACUCUACAGAGCCAACUGGAACGAGGAGUUUGAGAUAGAACUGGAGGGCUCUCAGACUCUGAGGCUGCUCUGCUAUGAGAAGUGUUGCAACAAGAUCAAGCAGAGCAAAGAGGAAGGAGAGUUCACAGACAAGAUCAUGGCCAAAGGACAAAUAAAGCUGGAUCCACAGACGCUGCAGAAUAGCUGGCAGAGGACGGUCAUCACCAUGAACGGUAUUGAGGUGAAGCUUUCCAUGAAGUUCACUGGCAGAGAAUUCAGUUUGAAGCGAAUGCCUUCCCGGAAACAGUCUGGCGUGUUUGGAGUGAAAAUCAAUGUAGUUACAAAGUGAAACGCUCCAAAAGUCCCACUCAUUGUGCGCCAGUGUGUGGAGGAGAUUGAGCGACGAGGGAUGGAGGAAGUGGGAAUCUACAGAGUGUCUGGUGUCGCAACUGACAUCCAGACACUAAAAGCUGCCUUUGAUUCAGUUAGUUCACUUUUUCUUCCAGAAAUAUUUUGUCAGAAGUGCUUUAAUCUCACUGUGCAGCUUGUAUUAUUUGAUAUUCGUGACUGUUGUCUCAUCUGCCCUGCAGACAACAAGGACGUGUCUAUCAUGAUGAGGGAGAUGGAUGUAAAUGCCAUUGCUGUAACGCUGAAGCUGUAUUUCCGUGAGCUGCCAGAGCCUUUCACCGAUGAGUUGUACCCCAACUUUGCUGGAGGCAUCGUCUGGUCUGACAGUGUGGCCAAGGAGAGCUGCAUGGUCAACCUGCUGCUGUCUCUACCAGAGCCCAACCUGGUCACUUUUCUCUUCGUGCUCGAUCAUUUAAAAAGAGUGGCUGAAAAUGAGGGCAUCAACAAGAUGUCUUUGCACAAUCUGGCUACAGUGUUUGGUCCCACUUUACUUCGGCCCUCUGAAAAAGACAGCAUCUCAAGCAGCUCUCAGCCAAUCUCCAUGAACGACAGCUGGUCUCUGGAGGUCAUGGCUCAGGUCCAAGUCCUUCUCUACUUCCUUCAGCUGGACAGCAUCCCAACACCUGACAGUAAACGUCAAAGCCUUCUCUUCUCAACUGAAGUAUAACAGGAACAUCAUGAGUUUGUCUAUAAAUGCCCUGCUCUGAGGAGGAAGGUGGGCUGCUUCAUGAGAUGGAUGCUGCUUAGUAGGCAGACUCGCUGCUUUAUUCUGAGGAGUCUUCAUUUAGCCACCAGGGGGAGCCAUCGCCCCGCUUAAAACUGGAAACAGCCACCAUGACCAAAGCCAUUUCUUUUAGAGAUGUGAUGAGCAUGUGUGGUCUGUUUGCUUUAAAGCUUAACUGCUGUGUCAGUACAAGACAUCUCUUUGUGAUGUAUGGACAAAAUAUAUCAUUCCUUUUUUAUUUAAUUCAAACUUUAAGAAGCAAUAUUUACUGUACUUAAACGUUUCCCCUGCCCUGUUCUGUCACUGUGCACAUUAGCCUGAUAAGAAGGGGAUCUCUGCUGUUGCUGGACUUUGUGAGGUUUAUUUCUGAUGUUUGAUGAUGAAUGAAUGAAUGAAUACAUGAAUGAAUGAAUGAAUGAAUGGUUGGAUGGAUUGACAUUAUUUUUAAUGUAUUUUUCCCUAGAAAUGUUUGACUUGGUUUAAAGCUCACCUGUGCCAAUGUUUCCCUGCUGAUGACCAAUAGAAUAUUUCAUUUAUCCUAAUGUUUACACACACUCUGAAUUUUGUACAGAAUUUAAAAGUAUGAGACUGAAAACUGUAGCUAACAGACACCAACAUGCAGGCAUGUUGACUUAACCAUUGAAGGUUUUUUUUUUUUUUUGUGCUAUACAGUUUGUGUAGUGAUCUUAUUCAGUUUGCAGGUUCUUGUAGUGGUUAAGGUUGAGACAACUUUCAUGUAGAUCUGAGUGCUUUCUGGAGGUGGUACAGAGAAGUGAGAAAGAAAUCAUUCCAGAAAAAGGCACGGCCUAAUUCUUACACUUAUGGAAUGUAUACUGUUCAGUGUGUAAUUUGAAUUUCACAGUUGUCUUUUAGUCCAUAUUUCACGUGUCCACAUGAUUCUUUUUUUAGAUUCUGUUUGAGUUGAUGUAUUCAGCUGGAGUUCAUAUUUGUAUUGCUUUCUGCAUUCCUUCUCUGUAAGUCUUUAACCAUUAUAUAACAAAACCACACUGCUAUAGAAGUGAGAGCACCUGGAGAUUAUCUAAAAUACCAGAUAUUUCCCUGUAGGACCCUCGAACGCACAUCCAUAUAUCCAAAUAUCCUGAGUUCUUCACUGGUUUAUCAUCCACACACCUAGUAUUCCUUUUAAUACUCUGUGAAAAUACACUGUGUGCUUGCAUUCAUAUUUUUUCUUGAAAUCACUACAAGUAUUCAAGCACUUGUUAGCACAAACUGUAACCCUGAAGGCUUUUGAUUCAUGUAAAAUAAGCAAUAACUCUUAGUGAUUCUUAGGUUGACCAGUGUGUCAUGUAUGUAUGAUUUAUGUAAAUAAAAACUUGGUAACCUU